AUGUUAUCAAAAGGUCACCCUAAAUUGAGAUCUGGAGUUUCACUUGAAACAAAGAACAGUGGACUUAUGUCAGCCAAUUUAUGGAAUAAAAUACAUAAAAUUAACGAGUUUAAAUCUCAAUUAUCUAAAGCACUUAGUGAUGUAGACAAAUUAAAAGAGCUAGCUAUAUGGGAAAAUGACAAGCUUGAAAAUCAAAUCCAUGCAGAGACACUUCGACGCUAUCGGAAGGCGAAGUCUAAGGAAGCUGAAGAACUUAAUAAGAAAAAAGAGCAUUUAAAAGCUGUACUGACGAACGAUGAAAACAAAAUUCUAAAAGAUUGUAAAACAGCAAGUGAGGAAAAAGCUGAGCGUUUGAAGUAUUUGAGAGCACAAGCUGAAUUGCUAGAAAAACAAAAGAAAGAGACUGACGAAAAAAUUGCGCUUGAAAAGUAUGACCAGCGUCUUCGAGAACAAUCUGCCGAAUUACGUCAGGAAUUAAGUAAACGUAGAGCUAAAGAAAUCGCCCGUGAUCUUUUAAUCCAAAUUGAAAUGAAACGGAAGCAAAAUCUUCUGGAGAAACGUCAAAAUGACUAUUUGGAUAAGUUCGUAUUAACCCACUCAAAGGAUAUGUCCAAUGAAGCUGAUGCGCAGAUGAUUGUAGAAGGAAAAAAACGGAUCGCGAAUGUUUUAAGACGACAGAUAGAAAGAAAAGAGCAGGAAAAACUUGUAGAAAAAGCGGAGAAGCUGAAACAAGCAAACGCUUUGGAAGAAUUAAAUAAGCAACUGAAGCAAGAAAAAGAAGAUGAGGUAACAAAAAAGAAACUAGGGUUCUCUAAGGUGAAAUUGGACUUGGAAAAGUGUUUACAGGAAAAACUAUUAAGGAAAUCAGAAGAACACAACCAGGAAGCUCAGUACGACAAUUUACUAACCCUUUUAAAUCAACAAGUAGAUAAAGAGAGGAGUGGAAAUCAGAGGGACAAGGUUACUUUGAAGAAAGAGGCGUUACAGUAUUUAGAGCAUGUUCGUGAUUCAAAAGAAGCCGAAAAGAUGUAUGAAGAAGAAAUUAGCAGAAGUAUUGACGAACAUAUUGCAAAGCAGCAAAACCUUGGUCACCAUAAGAAAAUGCAGCUUCUAGUAGCUAGAGAAAAUUUGAAAAAUGAUGUAAACAAAGUAUGUCGACAACAAAUAGUGGAAAAAAGAAAAAAGCAGGAUGAAGAAAAACUUGAACACAUAGAAGAAGUGAAAGAACUGAACGAAAUUAUUGAACGAAUGAAGUUAGACUCUAAGUAUGAGCUGCAGUUGCGACGCCAGAAUGUUGAGACAUAUCGUAACGCCUUAGAACGACAAAUCGCUGACCAGCGAACUAGAUAUAAACAACUAAUAGCUGACAAUUCACGGGAGUUUGAGAAGAAUAAGAAAAAAGAGGAACAGCUCACCGAACUUGUGCAUAAUAUCGUUAACUCAAAUGAAACUGACUACAACAGACAUCCAUGGCAAAAACUGUUAGCUACUGGUCACUGGUCUAUUCCAGUGUGGGAUGGUGAACUUCAAAUAUCGAAAUUUGCAAGUGCAAGGUAUUAA